UGGUAAUAUUUUUUAUUGCAAUCCGCCUGAAGACUUUUAGUAAUCCGUACAAUUCUCUAUAAUUUUUUCAGCCCUUUUUUCUUCUUUCUACGUCGGCUAUUAAUUAAUGGCGGUUUUAGUAUUAAUUUUUGGGUGAUUAACUUUCAUCAUAAUCUUCAUAACUGCGUUUCCAGUCCAGUCUAUGAUUAAUACAGCGUGAAUUUUUUUAGUUACUACAAAAAUCAUAAGCCGCUCGAUCGGACUUACUUGGCCUUUUUUUAGCCAGACUGAGUUUAUCGUACAAAUCUUGCCUUGUUGGUUUAACUAAUUUUAUUGGGACUUCUUUGACAAAUGUCACUUUUCGUUUUAUUGCCUUCUCAAACAUUUGAAGUGAAUGAUCACUUCAUUCCUGAAUGAACAAUUGUUCACUCUCUUUUAAAUCCCCAGUUACGUAAACGCUUGAAAAAUUGCGCAAUGAUAUACCUGUUCGCUAUGACAAGAUAUUAGUCCAAUCAUGUUGGAGAUUUAGCAGCGAUUUGAUUGGAUAAAACAGGUUCUUCCUGCGGAUCAAAGCGCCAGAGCCAUUGAAGGCUGAAAUUUUAAUCCUAUAAAGAACCACAACUCCAUAAAACUUUCCAGAUAAGUUCAUUUAUAACAGACCGAUAGUUCUUUAAGUGGAUUUAGCAAAACACCGUUUAGCGCCUGAGCAAGAUUAGCGACCCGGUAAUUCACUUGUUGAGCGCACUUUACCGCCAGAGUUUCCGCCCAUUAAUUGAUUAAUUGAUCAGCCGGAACUAAUCACCCAACGGACGGCGUCAACUAUUGCGACCCACAAAAUAAGACUGCAGACUCCUUCGAUGCCACACAAAGGGCACAGUGGGGUGAACCAGUUAGGGGGAGUGUACGUGAAUGGAAGACCCCUCCCCGACGCCACCCGACAACAGAUCAUAGAGCUGGCCCAGAAGGGAGCCAGACCAUGCGACAUAUCCAGGGUUCUACAGGUUUCGAAUGGGUGUGUGUCUAAGAUUCUGGGCCGAUUCUACGAGACCGGAUCCAUCCACCCCAAGGCCAUCGGGGGCAGUAAGCCAAGAGUGGCCACAGAUGGAGUGGUGAGGAGGAUUGCAGCCCUCAAGCGGGAGAGUCCGAGUGUGUUCGCGUGGGAGAUACGCGACAGACUCAUCCAAGAUGGGUGCUGCACCCAGGAAAACGUACCCAGUACUCACGACUGCAACAUGUUCAUGGCAACAAUGCGUUCUCCCUGGCGAACUCAAUGCGAUUGGUCAAUGGGCAUCAUCCAAUGGGGAAGCUGGAAAUAGACGAUAGGCACAGUCCUGCUUCGCCCGACAAUUCGGUCACCUCGUCCCCCGAGGAUGAUGAAGGUGAAGAGGAGGGGGAGGCGGUGGGCGAAGGAUCAAAGAAGUACUCGAAGAGUCAGCGGAACAGGACAGCCUAUACGUCAGAGCAGGUGGACGCACUUGAAAAAGAGUUCGAGAAGUCUCACUAUCCUGAUGUCUAUGCACGAGAACGUCUCUCGACUCUGACUGGAAUCCCAGAGACAAAGAUCCAAAUCUGGUUCUCGAACCGAAGAGCGAAACAUCGACGCGAGGAGAAAAUCAAAACUAACAACAAUAACAAUAACAUUGACUCCAUUUCCUCUGGUCAGUUGUCGAUGAAAACCGAAGCGGGCAAUCAUAACGAUAACUCACCAUCCGUACCGGGUCUCUACGGGACGACUAAUACCAACGUACCCAUGCCCCCCUACUUUACACACUACAAUAUGCACGGGGCCCUUACUAAUAUCUUACAGAACACCCAGCAGAACAGUGCGGUACACUCCAAUAACCAGACACACCCUUCGCUUUCAUCUGCUAUUUCAUACAACGCCGCACCCAACAUGCCAUCUCCAAAUAGCUUUACAAGACCGACUGGUGUCCCUGGAUCCAACUCGGCUCUAACUCCAGCGGGUUUGUCGGCAAUGGGAACCCAGUUGGUAUCAUCCACCGGAGGCAAUUCGGGAGGUGUUCCCGGGACGACCCGGUCGCUGUCACCGAUGACAGCCGCCGCCCUGCACUACAACCAGUCGGCCGCUGCUCUUCAGCACAACAGCGGUGCUUGCUACUACAACUCGCAACAAAGUUAUUUUCACGCAGCUGCCCAAGCAGUUGGGGGAUUUCCCGCUGGCGGGAGCCUCGAAAACGUCCAAGUGAACCCCUCGAUCGGAAACCACCCCCAGUACUGGGGAGGAGGGGGCAUCACUUCAUCCGCUGCCCGAUUUUGAUCCCGAGAAACAAGAGCCAUCGAACCAAUACUUGCCACAUGCUGAAUAAAAACACAUUUCUGGAAAAAAUGACAAAAACUUGUGAGAAAAAUCUAACUCGCGUGACAGGGUGAAAAUGAUUAUUGGGUCGUCAAAUAUUCCACAAAAUGCUGCUGCUGUAAAAAGUGUUUAAAGUGAGCUUUCUAAAAACGCUUUCCCAAUUAGCUUUAUUUUCCAUAUUUCAUUAAAACUCUUAAUUUUAAACUUGAUAAUAAUUUUGAUACAUAUAAAUAAGUAACACUUGUUUUAUUUUAUAAAUUUUAACAAUAUUCAUCGAA